ACCUCAGAAGAACCUCCUUAACAAAAUUUUCCCCAAUUUAAUUAAAUUAUAUUCAAAUUACUUAUCAACACGAAUCAAUCGUAACUACUCCGGCAUUUUGGGUACUACGUGUAAAAAUGAAUGAACGAUACGAUAAAGAAUCUUCUCCUGAACUGAAUUGGCAAGACGAGGCCAGAGGUGUUAUUAAUGACAUAAAAGAUUUGACAAAACAUGCAGAAUUAAGUACGAUUCCAUCAAGCGGACAACACAUUUUUAUCAACAUCACAACUCUUGAAGAUAAGGCAUUCUGUAUUGAAUUGACAGCACUAGGAUUUAGAAUAGCUGGUUAUCAGCACGACAGCUUAGAAAGUACAAGGGAAGACUAUUAUGAAACUCCGUAUGCACUUCUUUCUAAAAUCAGUGCAGCGUAUCAUAAUCAAUUUGCAAAAAAUUUAAUAAAUAAACUUGAAAAUUUGUAUGAUAACAAAUGAUAUAUUUAGUUAUAUAUUUUUUAAUCAGAUGUGUAAUUGUAUCUAGUUUAUUUAUACUUCUUGACUUUGUAAAUAACUAGCCGGGGACAAAAAUGUAUAGUACACAUGGAAGUGAAGUGACCAAAAUAGAUGCAUUCACACCACCUUGGCCUUUCUGGAAUGAUCAGUUGGUUAACAAGCUUGACUGGAAAACUACCCCUCCUGGAGAUUUUAUAUCGGGCAGACCAGGAUCGGGACGGCAGAGUUCGAGAAAAUCUGUGUCUAGAAAAUCUAUGUCCAGAAAGUCAGUUGCCAAGAAGUCUAUCACUGGUGGAAAGAAGAAAUCGAUUGCAGGUGGCGGUGGAAGGAAAUCUGUUGCUGGCAGCCGGAAGUCUGUAUCAGGUAGUAGAAAAUCUGUUGCAAGCACUGGGAGAAAAUCAGUUUCUAGAGCCAGUGGAAAUAAUGCAUCAGCUUCGAGAAAAUCAGUUGCAAAAGGUGGUGGAAGGAAAUCAGUCGCAGGCGGAAGAAAAUCAGUCGCAGGCGGAAGGAAAUCAGUUGCAGGCGGAAGGAAAUCAGUUGCAGGCGGAAGGAAAUCAGUUGCAGGCGGUAGGAAAUCAGUUUCAGGCGGAAGUAAAUCAGGUUCAAGUGGAGGCCAAUCAGUUUCUAUGGCUCCUCGAAAAACAGUGGCUCCAAAGAAAACGUUUCUUGGGCACAAAGAUGGCAAAAAAGGUGACAAACGCCCAGCAGAUGCAGAACAGGAAGAAGAACCAUUGUUCGUUGAUCCAAAAGGGAAAGAGUUUAUGCCAAAAUCCUUGCCUGUUCACAAAUGGGAACGACCCUGUAUUGUUAAUCCAAACAUUGCGUACUCUCUUGAUAUUGAGCCUGGCCCCUUGGAUUUGUGGACGCCAAACAGACAUUUAGUGAAAUCGAAAGUUAUGAGGCAUAUUAUAUCAAGUGUCAUGUGCCUGGAAACAGACGGAAGAGCUAAUCCUUUUGUUAAAGAUUGUCAAACUUCUACAUAUAUUCCAAACAGUGGAGAAUUUUGGAAUCCAAGAGAUCAUGUUUAUGCCUUGACACCAGUUGGCGAAAAAACUAAACAUUCUCCACAGUAUAAUAAUUGUGGAAUGUAUAUAAUACGAUUAUUUUUUAUGGGCAAAUGGAGAAGACUUGUUGUCGAUGAUAGUUUUCCAUAUGACGAAAAUGGAAAUUUGCUUCUUCUUAGAUCACGAGAAAGUAAAAACAUCUGGAUGCAACUCCUCACAAAGGGCUUAUUGAAAGUUGCAGCUCUUUCUUGGAAUUCAGUCGAUGAAACCUUUGACUUCAAUGUAAUAUCAUUACUGACUGGUUGGAUUUGCAAUUCGAUUGAUGUAAGCCUCAUGACGGAGGAGCCGAUUUGGAAAAUAAUUCAAGGGCAUUGUAUCGAAGGAAAACAUUCUCCAGAACGAAUAUGUGACUCAGUUAAUCCCAAAACAUGUAUAUUUGAUGCCAUGGAUAUUUUCCUCGACAAACCAAAAUCUCGGUCUGUAUUCGUGCAUCUUCCCGAGGUUAUGGAGGAAACAGAACAUUUUUUUAUACCUUGUUUCGAAGGUUUAGCUUAUGUGAAAACUGCUUUGAAUGACGAAAUUCCAGUGUGUGAUCCAAAAUGGAAAAAUAUUCGUUGGGUUGACUGGGCUCUGGACCGAGGAAUUAUACGAGGAAAACCUGGUACAGUAAGAAAAAUAUUAGAAUUAUUUGUUCCACUAAAGAAAGGGAAUCAUAUAUUUGUUGAAACACCUAGUGAAGUGAAAGAGGAUGUGGGAGAUGCCUUCUUAGUAACUCAUUUACCAGGAUAUUUCAAAUCAGAUGCUUACAUGUAUAACAAAAUUUACAGACAUUUCAGGAAAUUGGAUAUAUAUUACAAAAGAAGUUACUUUGAAAUUGAGAAAAUUAUGGAUAAUGUUUUUGUUGAUUUACCCAAAUUAAUGGAAAAAGAUAAACAAAUCCCAGCACCGGCUAACACUUUUAAAGAUCACUUUUUUCUUGCUAGUGAUUCACCAAAUUGCAAGAAUAUAUUUGUUACAUUGACAACUCUUUGUGAAAAAAACGACACAUACGGAUACAUUGCUUGUGAGGGUUAUAAUUGGCAGAGUACAUCACAAGGGCCAAUUUGGUUUAGCAUACGAACAAGAGGUACUCGAACUCACUCUAUAAAUUUAGGACCAGGGUUACAAGUUUGCAGAUUCUGGUAUAACUUGCCUUGUCUUAAUUAUAUUUCAUUCCAUUCAAGGACCCAGUUUUAUUUGACGAGCAAAGAAGAGAUUUUAAAUAUGCAAUCUGUCGAAACUGCAUCGUAUAUGACAUACGGAGCUGAUAUGGCAGAGAUAUUUUCAAAAUUAAUGAAAGCGCCAUUGGGCAGUGUUACUCAAGGAGAAUGCAUAACAAAGUACAUUGGAGCCUUUUGUCCUCCAAAUUUAAGAUUUCAAAAUUUGCCUUCACCAGCAGAUCCGAAAGGAUGUCUUAACAUAGUCAAAUUAGAAGAAUUAUUUGAAGAGAAAGUGGUUGAAUUGAUUAUGGAGAAUGAACCUGAUAUUGAUAAAUGUGUUCAAAUUAUACGAGGUUUUCAAGAUUUUUUUUUAAAUCCAGAUUUUGGAGAAAAAGCACUGGAAAAAGGUCAAUAUCCUCAAUAUAUACCAACAUUAACAAAAAUUAAAGAAGUUAAACAGCAGUUGCUUCAAGAGUUUCGGGAUACAAAGAAAGCUUGGAUCAAUUCUAUAGACAAAGAUGAAGAAGCUACUUCUGACGGGAAAAGGUCAAAAUCAAUAAAAGGCAAUCUUGGCAAGAAAUCAAUACGAAGACCGUCAUCGAAGAAAUCCAUAAGAAGGCAAUCUGCAAAGAAAUCAACUCGAAGACAGUCAUCUAAGAAAUCCAUAAGAAGGCAAUCUGCAAAGAAAUCAACUCGUAGACAGUCAUCUAAGAAAUCCAUAAGAAGGCAAUCCGCAAAGAAAUCAAUUCGAAGAUCAUCUACAAAAAGUACAAAAGGUUCUACAAAAGGUGCAUCAACAAAAGGAGGAGGAUCCAGUGAUAAGAAAAAAACGGACAAAUCUAUUAAUGAUGGAAAAUUCUCAAUGUAUCUUCUUGAUGGCCCUAAACAUAACGCCACACUUUUGAGAAAAAUGCUGAAAUACGAAGAGGAUUUGUUAGCAGCGUACCCGUUCCGUUAUGAUAAUGAUAGAAAAUUAUGCUAUUAUGACUAUCUAGGAACGUCUGAUGCUACAGCUCUUUCUUAUCAAGAUUGGGUACCGAUUGUAACAAUGGUUAUUAACGUUCAUAGCGAUAUGUACAUUCCGUGUGGAUUUAUUUUGUUUUCUGAGGUAAAAAAUGUUCAUCUGGAUGUAUACGACCUUGACACCAACAUUCAUAUACCUUUUGAAUAUACACCGAAUAAUCUUAUCCAUUUAAAGCAAAAUGCAAAUGGCUAUGCUGUGGUGGUAUAUAAAAUAAAUGAAGAAGCAAAAGCUGGUGAACCAGUUGCCUCAGCUUGGAGAGUAAGAGUCUAUGGCGUGGAUAGGGAAAAUGUUCCCCACCCAUGUUUAAUAACAUCAAAGAAAGUUACUGAAGAGAAGGAAAAUGAAUUAGAUGAGGAUCCUUCAAAAUACAACUGUCGAUCCGAACCUGGUCCACAUCCAUUGCUAGUUACACAAUCAGUUACUGGACUUUACUUUCCAAAUCCAAGCUCAAAAAUUUGCAGGUUUUUAAUUAAAGUGACAAGAUCAGUUGUUAUUAGUUUGGGGUUUUCUGCUUCAAAUAAAGAUGUAAAAAUACGACUUAAUAUAACUGGGUGUUAUGGCAAAAAAAUAAUUGAACUUAAUGGUGUUGGUGAAUUGAUAAUACCAGUGAUAGUGCUUCAUUUUCAUGAUGCAGAACUUCAACAAGCUGGUGAAGGUCUAGAAAGAUUUUAUUAUUUUUGUGGUGAAGUGGAAGUUAUGUUCAACUCUUGGCCUCUCAAGCCGAAAGAAGCCCAAAUUUUAGAAGAAAGUAUCAAAUGGAAAGAAGAAGAAUUAGCUGAAAAAAUUAUAUCUCUUAAAAAAAAAGAUUCUGUCGCGAAGAGCCGCCAGUCUGUGAAAUCUUUACAGAACAAAGAUACUCGCUCAAGAAGGAGUUCAACUUCAAAGGAUGUUACAAAACCUUCAACAGAUGGAGGCCCAUGCUGGAAAAUCGCUUUGUACGCGGAAAAAGAACAUAGUGACUGUGUAAAACUUGUUCUUGAUAAACGAUACGAAGAGUCUUUUUUUAAAAAGAAAGCUGCUAUUUGGGAUGUUGAAAAUCCAAAUCGUACAGAAACUGGCAGAAUGCUUAGACAAACCUUUAUUAACAGUAUAGGUAAAGGUAAAGAAAACCAUGAAGAAACAACACAAACAAAUGAAGUUGUUAAUUCUGAUGCAGCUGUUCCUCCGACAAAGGCUUCUAAAGUUUCUCCCCCACUUCCUCAGGAUGAUAAUCCUCAGACAACAAAAAGAAAGAGUAGCAGUUCUUCAAGAAAGGGAAGCUUGAAAACUAGACGAAAAAGUGGAACUACUUCUCUUAAAAAUGAAUUAAUAGCGACAGACUAUUUGAGUUCAGCCAAGCUUCUACCUCCAUUAAUUGAUAAGUUUUCACUUCAAUUGCCAGACGAAGUGAUUCCAAUUGUUGUAAAACUUGAGCCAGUACCUACUAGAGCUCCAUUGCGAUUAGGCCCGUUUCGUGAAGAAAUACCUACUCCUGUCGAAGAAAUCCUAGGGGAACUUGAUACAACAAAACGGGACUUUUAUAAUGAAAUGCCAGAGGCCGAAUUAUCUGAAAUAUCUUCAGGCAUGAAUGCAAUAACAAAUGCUAGUAGUACUCAGACGAUGAAACAAGAGGUUUUCGAUCAAACUUAUGAAUUUUCCUAUUUCUCACAAAAGCAAGCUGGUGAUGCAGCUAUUAAUCUGGCCUAUGAAGAAAGAGACAAAGUAAUUAGAGAACUUAUGCAAGAAUUAGAGAUGAUAAAAACAAAGAAAGGCGUAACAGGAUUCGGGUCAAAGAAGAGUGAAAGACGACAAUCGAAAAAAAGCAUUAGACGUCAGUCAAAAAAAAGUAUGAGACGCCAAUCAAAAAAAAGUAUUAGGCGCCAAUCAAAAAAAAGUAUUAGGCGUCAAUCAAAGAAGUGAUUACCUAUAAAGUAAUCUAAAGCUUAUAUUAAAAAUGCUACUGACGAAUGAAGGAUGAAGAUCAACAAUUUUUGGACAAUUAUUGAGCAUGAUAAAAUUGAUUUCAAAAUACUGUGUGAAUUGAAGGAUGGAUUUCCUGAAUAAUGAAUAGACUUGUUUCCAUAGUCUAAUUGAUGAAUUGCAACUUUUUUUCUUACCUCAAAAGUUUAUUUCAAAUGAAUAUGUGGAGACAUUUGCAUGGUCAGGCUGCAUGAGAUGGUCAGUAUGCAGAGGUUGGGACGUCCCGGUCUUAGCCACCUCAUCCACUUUUUUUCGUUACCCUCCCUAUGUACCCAGCCAACAACCACCGUUUUGCCGAAAUGCUCCAGUUCAUGGAAUCUCUCCAAUAUAAGCACCACGAGAGGGUUGGCAGAGGACCUGUCAUGAACAGGAGUAACUGCUUAAUGGGGAAGAGCAGAAAAAAUCAAAUUCGAUUGUUUGUGGAGGCAUCCCUGUUGAAAGCGGGGAUGAGGAGAGAAAUGUGUGGCAGGAGCCUUGCCUUUGGGGCUCUGAAUGGCCAAGUUGACUCGUGCCAGUCGAUGGUUUCGAUGAAAGAGGCAAUGGGAGACAUGGAAGGUUCUUAGAUGGUGUUUUAUGGGGCAGACCAUG